GCACUGCAGGUAACAGUAACCUUACAACUACUGAACCACCAUAUUCUCAAAGCACGAAGCCUAACGCUCCAUUACCUGGAAGUGGAAGAAAUCACGAUAAUAAAGCACCAUAAUCUAUAUCCUACUUGCACGAGACGUAAAGGGAACAUGUCCUACUCCACCCGGCCCCUCCCUUCGCAUUUGCGACAAGCUUCCACAUCUGGCAACUCUGCCUCGACGGGCCAAUCGCCCAUUCUCCUUGCCCGAAUAAAUGAAAAGAAGGCAGAGCUAGAGAACCUGAAGCAAUUGCGGGAUCUCAGUGCUGGCUUGGCUGGUCAAAUGCAAAUGCUGGAAGAGAAGUUGUCUACGCUAUCUGAUGGCACAGAAGCUGUUGCUACGGUAUUAGGUAACUGGCACAAUGUCCUUCGUGCAAUCAGUAUGGCAUCAAUGAAACUUCCAAAGCCAAAGGAAUCUGAAGAUACAGAGGCAGAGGAAUCCCAAAAGAAAGCUGAUGCCGAAAGCCCUUUGCCUCAGACUCUCGUGCGAAUACCUACAGAGCAUGCCCCUAUGCUUCAACAGGCCAGUUCGGGUGGGAACGGGGAGUGACGUUUACGGAGCGCAACGAAUAAUGAUUAUCUAUGGGAUAAUGGCAGGAUCAUGAGCGAGGGAUAAAAGGUAUCACAUAAAGGAUUCGGAACAGUCCUGGACAUCUAUGGCACUAUGGAGGACUUCUGUCCUGGAGUUUGGUCUGUGAAGCGGCUGUGAAGAACCGCGUUUUAUACCCCCGAGUAGCUGCUGGCCAUUAGGAUUAUGAUCGCAACGUAUUUGUAAUUGCAACCUGAUCUCGUACCCUUUAUCCCACUCUGCACAUAAUUCACGUCCUGAUCAGUCUCGGACGGACACCUUGAAAGGCCCCCAGCGAAGCAUUCGUCUCUUCCG